GUAUUGCCAUGCACCCCGUCCAGACCCAAUGUUAACCGUCAUAUCUCCUUACGUUUAUUGCCGCGUCCCACCUUCCGGAGAAAUAUGAUCGACGUUUCUACAGAAGACCGAGGUAGGACUUACUUAUUUUCUUCUUCUCCAAUCGUGGUUUAGGGGGCGGAGGCUUUUAUUCCAUACUCUGGUUAUGUGUCAGUUGCUAGACAUAAGCGAAACAGUAACAGUUUACAGUUGGUGUUACUUUCAACAUCUAACCCUCAGAGAGAGUGACUACAUGUUUCGUCCAUCAAGCUUUCAAGGAAAUUGGGAAUUGCAUAUUACAGGCUUUGCGCACGUCACAUUUGACACGACACGAACCUUUAAGUUGAAUCUGCUUUUUUCUACAGUAGGCUAGCUGUGCAGGAGUGGUCAGAGCCAAAACCAGCUAUUCAGAUCGGAUUUCACCCAAACCAGCUGGGAGAGAGAGCAUUUGUCAUUUUGAUUCCCUCCCCGAUCCAGGAAAGCUUAGUCUACCAGGGAGAGAGAAAAGAGAGAGAGCGGGUGAGAAAGGAGGAGAGACGGGGGGGGUUCCAAAGGAAUUUCCAAGGAUAUUUAUUCUGUUGCCGUAAGAAAAGUGUUGGUCAGUUGGGGGCGAGGCAGAGACCGCGGUCAAGGAUGGACGAGCAGCCUCGGUUGAUGCACUCCCACGGCGUAGGCAUGGCCGGACACCCCGGCCUGGCACAGCAUAUGCAGGAUGGCACGGGAGGGACGGACGGAGAUGGAAGAAAGCAGGACAUUGGAGACAUAUUACAGCAAAUAAUGACCAUCACAGACCAAAGCCUGGACGAAGCGCAGGCCAGGAAACAUGCCCUGAAUUGUCACAGGAUGAAACCGGCUCUCUUCAACAUCUUGUGCGAUAUAAAAGAGAAAACAGUGCUCAGUAUCCGUGGUUCCCAGGAGGAGGAGCCUCCAGAUGCCCAACUCAUGCGAUUGGACAACAUGCUUCUGGCGGAAGGCGUGUCCGGACCGGAGAAAGGGGGCGGGUCUGCGGUGGCGGCGGCUGCAGCAGCAGCUGCAGCGGGAGGAGGAGUGGGCUCAGACACCAACUCGGCAGAACACUCAGACUACCGGGCCAAGCUGACUCAGAUCCGCGGGAUCUACCACACAGAGCUGGAGAAGUAUGAACAGGCAUGUAAUGAGUUUACCACCCAUGUGAUGAACCUGCUGAGGGAGCAGAGCCGCACACGGCCCAUCUCGCCCAAAGAGAUAGAACGCAUGGUGGGGAUCAUCCACCGCAAGUUCAGCUCCAUCCAGAUGCAGCUCAAACAGAGCACCUGCGAGGCCGUCAUGAUCCUACGCUCCCGCUUCCUCGAUGCCAGACGAAAGAGGAGGAACUUCAACAAGCAGGCAACAGAGAUCCUAAAUGAGUAUUUCUACUCCCACUUGUCCAACCCCUAUCCCAGUGAAGAGGCCAAGGAAGAGCUGGCCAAGAAGUGCUCCAUCACAAUGUCACAGGUAUCGAACUGGUUUGGAAACAAGAGAAUCCGAUACAAGAAAAACAUUGGCAAGUUCCAAGAGGAAGCAAACAUGUACGCCGCGAAGACCGCCGUCAGUGCAACCAGUGUAUCAGCCCAUGGCAGCCAGGCCAACUCCCCCUCCACCCCCAACUCUGCAGGUUCUGCUGGCUCUUUUAACAUGUCAAACUCCGGAGACUUGUUUAUGAGUGUGCAGGCUCUGAAUGGGGACUCAUACCAGGGGGCCGGGGUUGGGGCCAAUGUUCAGUCCCAGGUGGAUACUCUUCGCCAUGUUAUCAGCCAGACAGGAGGAUACAGUGACAGCAUCGCCGCCAGCCAGAUGUACAGUCCACAGGGCAUCAACACAAACGGUGGCUGGCAGGAUGCUCCGACCCCCUCGUCAGUGAACUCGCUCACAGAAGGACCCGGAAGUGUUCACUCGGAUACCUCCAACUGAUUAUUUUACCCUCCACACCUUCCAUUCCCACAACCCAUCAAUGAACUGGCAGAGCCAAUCACAGUGUUAAACAUAGAGGCAUACUACACAGUGUCCUGUAGAUUUCAGGGGUGCAUAACUAAAACAACCUUUCCUAAGCUACAGUACUAUGGGACAUUUGAGAUACAUACAGUAAUAGGAAUGUCAGAACAAAAAUCUAAACAAUGCAAAAAGGAUGAAUACAAAUGUUUGUUCAGAUUUCACAGGAUAUUUAGAGGGCUCCGGUUGCUCACUCACCUGUGAUGGUUUCACUCAUAUUGAUGAUAUUCAGUGAUAAGAUCAAUUCGGACAACCCAAUCUGUAUACUUCAAUUUAAAUGCUUCAUUCUACCUCUCGGCAACUAAAAAGUAAAACAAAUCAUAUGAAAGAACAUUAAUUUGUUUUCUGACUAAAACAUGAACUUUGUCAUUGUAUGAAAGAAGCACUUCGUCAUGCUUUGUUUUGUGGUCCCUCACCCAUUCUAUGGUACGACAUUUCGGCUUUUAAUGUUGCUCCCUUGUUUACAGUGUGUGCGUUAUAAACUGUGUUCGCUUUACCCUCUCCCACAGAGAAAUAACCAGGAAGACUUAGAACUUGAUUUACUACAUCUUUUUCUAUUCGUUUCUCCAUAGAAGACUUGUUGGGAAAGCAGGUCAGCCUAGUGAACUCUGAGGACCCUUCACCCUGACUAGCAGGUCUUCAAUCUGGGUGAAAGGCGUUAGAAAAGGAAAGCACGCUGGUAUGAGAAUGCACAUUGGCUGAUCUAAGGGCUUUAAUGGAAAUUGAGUAGACAAUUUAAUAUACAUUGUAGAUGUGUGUCUUCCUGGUUUAUAAACUUAUGCCCCGCAACCCCUUUGAUAUCUUAUCAGAAUGUGGGAGCGCUGUGGGCCCACAAGCAGUCACAGGGCUCUCUUCCAAUAUCCAUACUAGUGUACCACUUAGAAUGCAUGCCCAAUACAUGCUUCAUUCUAAGUAUGCUAGUGUCGAUAUUGGAACAGGGGAACAGAGUGUGUGCUAUUGAUUGUCUGAGGGCCUGUGAACAAGAGGAGCGCCCUCCUUUUAAACAACCACCUCAUUGAGUAUCCAUGUGUCUCAUCAGAGGUAAUCGUGUGAAGUUACAGUUAUGUCGUGUAAAAUAAAAAAAAUCAUAAAUACAAUAAACACCUGUCAUCAAAAACUCAUACAAGCUUGAUUCACAUUAGUCACCUAAUGUUACUGUUAACCAAAACCUUUAUACUUAUUGAUCUAUUGUUGACAUUUUAUGUGUACUUUCAAGAGGUCCUAACCCAUCUAGCUAUAUUCACUCAUGUACUUACAUGUUGGAUUUUUUACUGUACCUUUUGCUAAUUUUCCCAAUUCUGGUGGGGGAUGAUAACCAACUGAACAAUGCUGCCUAAUUGAAAAACAAUGUUGUUGAUACAGUCCAAUUCAGAAGAAACCAUUUCUGUUGAAAAAUCUUUCAAGGAUCUGUGUAGUAACUGAGUUUGUUUUUAAGUACAUUGCAUCAGAAUCCAGUUAAACAGGGAAGUCGUUACGUUAAUAGGAUUUAACACAUAAAUCUGCGGAUGCAGGUAACACCAGGACUGAACUUACAGUAGCCAUGAUGCACAGGUCAUGCAUGAGAUGCUUUGUACUCCAUGAUUAUGUUGAACAGACACAAUGUUUUCAAGUCAGUGUUCAAUACUGUUCAAUGCUGUUCAAUACUGUUCAAUGCCCUCUCAUACAAUGGAACUUUACUGUUCUUUAAACCCAGAGUUGAUUUCUGUUUCUCUUUCCAGGCAUUUUUGGGACAGUUUAAUAUGUAUUACAGUAUAUGACAGCAUUCUUUCUUCCACUGUAUUAAGAACCAAAAACCUACAUUAUAAUGUCACCUGUAUCCUUGCUUUUCACUUCUUCAACUGACUUGUAUGAAUCCUCAGAAUUCAUAAGCAUAUUGAAUGUUGAUGUGCUGAAUGGUCUGAUGUCCACAGCAAAACUAGAGGUGGGAAAAUUAUUUCAGACAAACAAAGAUGAUAUUUGGACAUUUGAUAUACUGUAUAGUACUUGUCCUUUUGUUGUGUGGACUAUAUAGUUAUUCUUUAGUAUUUGGUUAUUUACUUUUUAUGGUAUGCUAUUGUAUGUCAUGGUUCCCAUAUUCUUGUCAAUUAGCUCUCUCAUGAUGUGAUUAUGUGAAGAUUGCCACAUUGUACUUGACUUGCUUUGUUGAACAAUAAUUUAUGCAGUUUCAACAUUAAACUUAUUAUACUAUGUAAUACACCAAGACAAAUCAGUGGUAUUUUAUUAUUGAACAUUUGAGUGAGAAAACAAGAAUAAUACACUGAUGGUUGCCAGUUGGCAAAAUUGCAAAUAUUUUUACAUGUGAUAUAGAUUGAAUGCACAUAUUGUAAAUUCAGCUUCACAAACAAUGUAAGUUCAAGUUU